UACACUGUUCAAACAUGAUUUGCAACAAUUAACUGUUAUCAAUAUUAAAUAACACAAACACAAUAUUACGUCAAUAUUGUUAUUGCUAUUAUCAAAAUUCAAUAAAAAAAAAAAACGCACUUAUCUCGGUACGUUGUCCGUGUCCCGUGCUCCUGUGACUUAAACUUUGAACACAACAACGACUCUUCUGAUUGUUAGUUAUUAUUUGUGACUUACGUGUUUAAGUCGUUCACCGCAUUCGUUUCUAGUUUGAAAUUCGUUUUUGAGUGGCUUUAGUUGUUGAGUCCGUGCCGAGUACGUCGUACUUGUGACAUUCCAGUUUGGCGUGUGGUAGGUAUUUGUUCAAUUUUCGAGUCGACGAUUGAGUUCCGCGGUGGCCGUCCAAUCUUACCUCGAUCUAACGAUGAACAGCAGCGACAGCGAUGAUUUGACCGAAGAAUUCUUAACAGACGACCAUCAAAAUUUCUUAUCCCAAGGACAAGAUGCCCAAGAUGGUGUGGAAAUGGUCACAUUGGACAAUGAAGAUGACUCAUCAAAUCAAGGAGAAGUGUAUGAACUUAAAUUUGGCAAACCACUUCGAGAACAAGAUAGAUUCCUUCCUAUUGCCAAUAUUGCAAAAAUUAUGAAAAAAUCCAUACCUGAAGGUGGAAAGAUAGCAAAAGAUGCUCGAGAAUGUGUACAAGAAUGUGUUUCUGAAUUUAUAAGUUUCAUAACCAGUGAAGCUAGUGACAGAUGUUUCCAAGAAAAACGUAAAACUAUUAAUGGAGAAGAUAUUCUUUAUGCAAUGUCUAAUUUAGGUUUUGAUAAUUAUGUGGAACCCUUAAAACUGUAUUUGCAAAAAUAUAGAGAGGCUACAAAAGGAGACAAAUCAAUUGGAAUUGAAGAACUGUCGGAUGAUGUGUUCUCAAAUGAUACAAGUUAUACAAAAAUAUUUGGACAAAACAGUCAGAAUGAAUCUGUAAUUUACUAUCAAGACCCAAUUCAACAAUUCCACAUAGUAUAGUUAAUUUUAUUUUUGCAUUACUUUGUCAUUAGACUAUUACUAUACAUAUAAAAAAAUAUAUAUAU